AUGGGCUCCAUGCCCAAUCCAGACCUGGCGUCCUCGGAUGACGAGCUCAAAGACUUCCCUUGCCGGCCCUUCAAGGUCGUCUACAACUUUGCCCCAGUCCCCAUCCCCGAGAACUUCCUCAGCACCAGCAACCCCCCGCCCGACGCGCAGCCCGUGACCCUGACCCCGGUCGACUUCACCUCGGUCCUGCCCGAAUACGAAGGUACGUACGCCGUGGUGCUGGAGAACGUGCUCUCGCCCUCGGAAUGUGCCCAGCUGCUGCGGAUGGCCGAGGCCAGCGUGCCCGAGGCGGACCGGUACGAGCGCCGGGUCAAGAAGCCCAGCCACGGCGGCAAGGAAGCUGCCACCACCACCACCACCAACGACGAUUCUGCUGCUGCCCCAGCCCCGACAGUCUUCAAGGACCCCUGGCGGCCGGCCUGCGUCUCCGUCGGCGCCGACUUGGAGGUGCUGCAGCGCGACUACCGCCGCGGCGACCGUAUCGUCUGGGACGAGCAGGAGAUCACGGACCGGCUGUGGGCCCGCUGCGCCCAGGCACCCGGUCUGCUCGAGAAACUGGCCGUCGUCGGGCCCGACGAGCCCGCCGCCCCGUUCAAGUCCAGGUACGGCGCGAACCCGCCGUGGCGCUUCUUGCGCAUCAACAGGCGCAUGCGGUUCCUCAAGUACCGCCGCGGCGAUUUCUUUAGGCCCCACUGUGACGGCGCCUUCGCCGACUCGUCGGACGGCAAAUACCGCCAGACGCUCUUCACGCUGCACCUGUACCUCAACGACUCCAAGGCUGAGGCGGCCGCGGCGGGGAGGGGUCCCACAGACCUGGUCGGUGGCGCCACCCCCUUCCUGAGCCGGGACGGGUCGCGCAGGAUCGACGUCAACCCGCGCUGCGGCCGCGUGCUCAUCUUUCAGCACAACAAGCUCCGGCACUCUGGUGACGACGUCGUCGAUGGUGUCAAGUAUACCAUGCGGACCGAUCUGCUGUACGAGAUGGUGGAGCUGGAGAAGGAUGAGGGCAAGUAG